AUGUCAACUGAGUUACAAAAUACAGAUAAUAUCCAGGUGUUUUAAGGCCAUAGAAACAGUUUAAUUUACAUUUAGAUAAGUAAUUCAACUAUAUAUUCAGUAAAUGUUCAAGGUGAUAUCAUUUUAUUUGAUGCAUUAAGCUCAAAUAUCUUGAAUGUUUAUAAUUGUACUCAUACAGGUGGAAAAAUUGAUUAAUAAGUAUUAUUUAGUUCUACAUUUGAUUUAUUCAUGUAUUAUGACACUCAAUAAUCAACGAUAAAUGUGUACAGUCUCCAAAAUAAGAAAGUAAUCUCAUCUCUACAGACUCCAAAUUUGCAGCUUAUUUAAAUUAUUGAAGUGGAAAUAAAUAAUAAAUAUGUGUUUCUUUUCGAUAAUGGUAAAUAUGCAGCCACAAAUUUGAUAUAAGGAAAAAUAGAAAUUUUUAGUAUUUCAGACCAUAUCUAGAAUAUUAGUUAAUCCUAAUUAGCUCAGAAUGGAACAUCUAUAUUUUUGUUUAGCCAAUCUCAGUCGUUAAGUUACAUAGAGUCUUUUACUUUCUAUUCAAUUUCUUGGUUUGAAAUACUAAAUGAUUCUAUUUACUAUUCAUUAAAAGAAAGUACAAAAGGCAUAAUCAUUUAUUCGCUAUCCUAAAACUAAAUAAUUAACGAUUUAAGCUGCUAAAUUCUUCCUUAUAAUUUAAAUCUAGUAACAAGCCCUUUGAACAUUUAUCACUAGUAAGACUUAGUUGUUUUGUCUCAUUAUGCAGGAGUUGCAAUGCUAGAUUUAACAAACCUUUCUAUACAGAAAUAAAUGAGGAUACUUUCUUAAAGAAACUCAAUAAAUUUGUAAACUCUAGUCUACAAAUAAUAUGAUUUAAUAGUAAUAACUGAUAAAUAAUACACAACUCUUCUUAGCUACUAUACUUUAGAAGUGAUUCUUUUCUUACCAGUUCCAAAUAUUGAUUAUUAAUAAGUUGUAUUCUUUGAGAAUCUCAGUAACAAUGCUUUAUAUAUUGGAGGAUCUUAAUAACAAAAUAUAGUUCUGUAUGAAAUAGAUUUAAAGAUAAAACAAGUUAAAUUAUUUUUUAAUAAUAAUAAUUAAUAAUGCUUGGACAUGAUUUUAGAUUUUGACCUUCAAAGCCUUAGAGUUUAUCUCAGCUAGGAUAAAUAAGUUUGA